AGGGAAAGAAAUACUGUACAGAAAGUAAAAGCAUUAACAAUUAAAAUUUUUAGAAGGUAUCCCAACCGAAGUUGAGAUGGACUUAUUGUACUUAUUAUGAAACUUAAUCGCCUUUUGAAGAUAUGGUGGGUCAAACCUCACGUCCAAUGGAUAAAGGAAGUAGUCGGAUGCAUCUUGUGGUUUACGUGAUUGACUUCUUGUGAUCACGGGGUGUGAAGUCCAACACACUUCAUAAUAUUGUUGUUGGUCUUCUUGGUGAUUAGUUUGUAUCAUGAGAGAGCUCUUGUUUAAAUUUCUUCUCCCCUUGACUAGCUAGCGUGAAACCAUCUGGGCAUUCCUCUUCCCUAGGUUGUUUAUUUGCACCUGCAUAAAGAUGGAAAGUCCUUAGAAAUAGUUUCAUCAUUGGACCUGUUUGGGGUCGAGUUAACUUUCAGGACAGUGUUUGGAGCUGUAUCAUGGGCCAUGUUAUCAGAAGAAGGUUCCUCAUUGUCGGGAUCCAAGGCUUGACUUAAUGAGUCAAAUCUGUUAAUCAUGCGGACCUCGUCUCCAUUUUGAGCCUCAUAAACCUCAUGUGCAGCUGGGAUAGUUUCGUGAUAAGCAUUAUCAUCACAUGCAACAGUCUGACAAGUAAUUUGAUCAUGGGCAUUUAAAGUAUUCUCAUGGACAACAGUUUUGUAUUCAUCGGGAACCUUUCCACAAAUAAGAAACCGGGACUUUCAAUGAGAGUUGAACAGCAUCAUUGGCUACCGCCUUUUUACAGGCGUCCACCAAGGGUUCAACAGAUAAUUCAUCAUUUAUAGGGGCUAUUUUCCCAUCACUGGCAGAGUUUCCAGUGAUACUAACAACACUAUUUUCAGCAAAGACAACAUUAGGUGUGCCCAUAACAGGAGCAGCACAGUCAGUACGGGCAACCAAAGUUGAAUUAUCCAAAGUGCAAUAUGAGGCAUCAAGGGAAUCAACCGGGGCAUCAACAUGUGCAUCAACUACAAUUUGGCUGAUAGACUGAGCUUAAGGGCCAUUACAAUCAGUUUGGACAUUUGCCUGAGCAUCAACAAAGGCAUCAAAAACUGUUCUAGUAAUAGGGGCAGCAACAUGUGCAUCAGCAGGGGCGCAAAAAAUAGUAGGGGCAUGCGGACAUGCGGUGCAGAAACCUCAGCUUGUCUUGACAUCAAUGGUUUAGAGGCCUUGCUAGUUUCAAGCCGGAUGCAGUGAGGUUUGUUUUGGCCAAAUCGUGAACAUAAAGUGCAGAAAAUAGGGAGAUUUUCAUACAACACAGACGGAAAAAAGCCAUGGUCUCCAUUACCUAUCCAAAUUUUAGAGGGGAGUGAUUUUGAGACAUCAAUUUCAAUGCAAAAUUUGGCGGUAGAGGGUCAGAGAGAAAUUUGCAGUUGGAGAAUCAAGAAUCAGGGGUCUUCCAUGUUAAGACUUGGGAUACAUCCUAAGGUCAACCUGUUAGGAAAGGAAGGUCAACCUGUUAGGAAGAGGAGUCGUCCGAAGCUCCACUCGAAUGCUUCUCAAUUUUCCGGUGCGGAACAUUUAACAUUCCCAAAAGACUUGCUAUGUGGAAAAGCGCCCUACCAUCAUGGAGGUGUAUUGGCAACCCUUCGAGGGCCACCCAAACCGGAGCCAGAGGGGAGUCGCAAAGAGCAGAGAAGGAUGGGGUCCAUCUCGUCAGACUCAUCUUAAAUCCAUAGAAAUUCCAAGAGUUUUUAAUCCAAAAUCGUUGAAAAUCAGAAUGAGAAUGAAAAUUAAAUAGAAUCAGGUGCGAUUAGAGAAAUCCGACGGAAUAGGGAUGAGAGAACCCUAAAGUCGCCAUAGCUUUCCGAAUCGCAGGGAGAAGGGGUCGGCCAUUAGGGAAGGUCCCAAAAAGAGCGUAACGAAAAUUAGCCCAUAGAACCUGAAUAUCGGAGGUAGAGAAGUUCACCGCUGGGAAACCUUUGAAUCGGCCAGACUUGGCAUCGAUAUUCUGCAAGUCUACGUCGGAGAAGGAAACAACUUGAGAUUGUAGGCAUCGGCCAGGGAUUGGUUCCCUUACCGCCGCUGCGAAGGUGAGUCGUGAAGUGCCAGUGCUAUCUCGAGCCCUUUAGCCGGUG